ACGUCCUCUGCGCGCUUGGGGGCGGGGCAGACGGGAGCAGACGGAGCCUCCAGAGCCGAAGCCUUCACGGAGUUGGUUUUUCGGUUGCUGGUGUCUGUGGCUGAGAGGUCCGAGGUCGGGCUGAGUCUUGGGGAGCAAUGGCGACCUUUGUGAGCGAGCUGGAGGCGGCCAAGAAGAACUUGAGCGAGGCUCUGGGGGACAACGUGAAACAAUACUGGGCUAACUUAAAGUUGUGGUUCAAGCAGAAGAUCAGCAAAGAAGAGUUUGACCUUGAAGCUCAUAGACUUCUCACACAGGAUAAUGUCCAUUCUCACAACGAUUUCCUCCUGGCUAUUCUCACACGUUGUCAGAUUUUGGUGUCUACACCAGAGGGUGCUGGAUCUUUGCCCUGGACAGGGGGUUCUGCAGCCAAACCUGGAAAACCAAAGGGAAAGAAGAAGCUUUCUUCUGUUCGUCAGAAAUUUGAUCAUAGAUUCCAGCCUCAAAAUCCCCUCUCGGGAGCCCAGCAGUUUGUGGCAAAGGAUCCCCAAGAUGAUGAUGACUUGAAACUUUGCUCCCACACAAUGAUGCUUCCCACUCGGGGUCAGCUUGAAGGGAGAAUGAUAGUGACUGCUUACGAGCACGGGCUGGACAACGUCACCGAGGAGGCUGUCUCAGCUGUGGUCUAUGCGGUGGAGAAUCACCUUAAAGAUAUAUUGACAUCAGUUGUGUCAAGAAGGAAAGCUUACCGAUUACGUGAUGGUCAUUUUAAAUAUGCCUUUGGUAGUAAUGUGACCCCACAGCCAUACCUGAAGAAUAGUGUAGUAGCAUACAACAACUUGAUAGAAAGCCCUCCAGCCUUUUCUGCUCCUUGUGCUGGUCAGAAUCCAGCGUCCCACCCGCCCCCUGAUGAUGCUGAGCAGCAGGCUGCACUCCUGCUAGCAUGCUCGGGGGACACGCUGCCGGCAUCUUUGCCUCCAGUGAACAUGUACGACCUCUUUGAAGCUUUGCAGGUACACAGGGAAGUCAUUCCUACACACACUGUAUAUGCGCUCAACAUUGAAAGGAUCAUCAUGAAGCUCUGGCACCCAAAUCACGAAGAGCUGCAGCAAGACAAAGUCCACCGCCAGCGCCUGGCAGCCAAGGAGGGUCUAUUGCUCUGCUGAAAUAGGAUUUGAGGGUGUGGGACUUUCAGCAAAUUCAUUGGUUAUUGGGAGUUGAAUGUUUUGGGGUCUGCAUUUCAGGACUGAAGUGUAUUAUGUAAAUAUAACCUUUCCUAUGGAAAUGUGACAGUACACUUUACAUUGCUGCUGUGAAGCCUUUAAUAUAAAUCUGAUUUUGAUAAUGACCCAUAUAUCUCUGUAUGUUUGUGUAUAUGUUCCCAGUUAAGGGAAUAGGCACUGAGAAAAUUCUGUGCCUGGAGUGGAGAUGUUUAGGCAUCUGAGGCUUCGUAUCCUAAGGUCUGCAUGCAAGGUAGGUGACAUUCUGGAACAAAGAAACUGUUAGAACUUAGUCCCCACAAUCAGCAGGAUGUCUGCGUGUUCAGGGACUUCGCAUAUUCUGUAUCUGGCAAGUCUAAAAUUUCUGCAUUUCUCCUGAAGAGAAAAGUUAUCUUUUUUAGUGACCAGUUUAAUAUAUAAUUUAGUUUUUUGUGACCAGUUUAAUUUUUAACAGAUAUAGGUAGUUACCUAAAGAGUCAUUACAACUCCAGAGAAAAGUCUUAGAAAUGCUGUACUAUUAGCCAAAAUAAAGUCCUUUAAAUUAAAAACCCAAAUCAAAACAAGCUCUUAGAAUGUAAUUGAGCUUAUAAAAUGUCUCCUCAUAACUCAUUUCUUUUAUAGAGUUAUUAUUCCCAAAGACUUUGAUUGGCAGGUUCAUCUAUUAGUUACUGCUGUAGAACGUUUUAAGAAGUCCUUGUAAACAUACCGGACUUAUACUUGGUAAUUAUAUUCCUAUGAAACAUCUUUUUCUGUCCUUUCAAAUGGCAGUGUUACUAAUAACCAGAUUUGUUUCUUUAGAGGUUUGUUGCUUUUUAUUAAUUAUUGGUGGGUAUAUUAGAAUGCACAGAUCAGUAUAAGUAGGUCUAAAUAAUAUAUGUAUAGAUAUGUAUAUAUGGUUCACUAUCUGGAUCUGUGUAUUUGGUUUUUGUACUUUAAAUGUGACAAAUAAACCUUUUGGGAGGAAA